AGGGAAAGGGAGAAGGCUAAGGGCUCGAGACGAAGAAGAGGCAUACAUGGGUGGGGAAAGCCAUUUCUCUGGAGGGAGCUCUGUUUCCAGUGGCUACGGUCGAAGGAGGAACGUUGUUUUGUGCAAGUGUGGAGAAGUUGCCCCGGUUGUGACUACUUGGACGAACGAGAACGGAAAUAUUGGUAGGCGGUUCUAUGGAUGUGGCAGGUUUAAGGAACAGAACAGGAGGCACUGUGAUUUCUUCCAGUGGUAUGAUGAGUUGGAGGGUAACCCGCGUGACAAGAAAAUAAUUGCAGGCUUGUUGCGUAGAGUAGAUGAGAUGAAGAAGAACCAAGCAAUGUUGAUCACGUGUUGUAUGCUGGGAUGGUCUGUAGCUGUGUUCCUGUUGAUUGUAUGUGCAAUUCUAAUGGUGAAAAUGAUGAAGUAGAAUUAGGGUGAGAGGAUGAUGUAGUAGAAGUAGGAGAGGUUGUGGGGUUUAUUUGUACUGUGUGUGCCUUUAGUGCAUAUGUAUGAAACUUGAAAUUGAUAAAUGAAUUUGAGUAAUUUGUCCUCAAAUUUUUGUUGUUUGAAAUGAUGUCUGCAAACACAAUGUUCUAUCUAGGCUAUCUACUAUUUUCAGUUGUCAUAUGGAAAUUCAAAAUGGCUAA